AUGCGUCGUGCGCUCACCACUACGCACAUGACGGUGUCCGAUGAUGUGUCUUGGCGGAAGAUUCCCCGGAGCAAGUGGUAUUGCGGAUCCCACGGCAGUGGCAGCGAGCCGAACAAGGAUGGCAAGAAGCCGGUCUUGCCGGAGGAUUAUGCAGAGGUGUCUUGCGUCGCGGGGAAGGACACGCGGCUCAAUUUGGUGGAGCUCACGCGCCGUCAGCGCAAGAGGCUGCGCGAGAAGUACUACUGGGAUCAUGUCUUGUGGACGCAUAGCCGGCAGCUGCAGCGGCACCGGUUGUGGAUGCGAGCGAAGGAGGACAGGGAGUUUCAUGAGAUCAUCGAAGAGUAUCAGGAGAUUCUGCGUCGGGAGUACGAGCAGAUGGCGCAGAAGCAGGCAGCUAUCAGCGUGCCAAGGAUUGCGGCCAGGCGGGAAGUUCAGCCGAAGCCCGACGAGGAGACCGCGCGGGAUCGCAAGCAAGAUGUUUGCUUGAUUGAUGCGUUGAGGUCGUUGGGAGUCCAGCUGUCGUAUCAAGAUGACGGCCCCUUCUGGGCCUUGACAGACUGUGCCAUGCCCGGCAAGUACGUUCUUUUCCGAGCCAAGCAUUUCAUGUCCCUAGAGGUGCGCGCAGAUGGCACGAAUAUGUGGCGUACCACCUGCAAGCGUCAUGUUGGCUGCGCCGAUGUGAAACUACCUCUUCUGCUACGUGCGAUGGAAGCCGCUUUCCAGCUGAAGGAGCUGUCCAUUUCCUUUUGCGAGCAAGAGACAGAUGUCUUGGGCGGUGCGAGCUCGGAGAUUCCAGUAGUUGAGAAGAUGCUGGAGUCCAGUGCAACGCCGAGCAGUUUGGCUGGAGAGGGCAGCGCAAGCACUGCUCUGCAGAGCCCAGCUGACUGGCUACAAGUGUGUCGCAACCGAGCGCGGGUGCUUGAGCGGAAGCGCAAGACGACUCAAGACGUGGAGGAGCACAGCUCUUCUUCUACGUGCAGCUUCGCACACUCUUGGAACUUGGCCAUGCCACCAAUGACUCUACAAUGUUUUGGAGUCGCAGGCUCACCGGCGCAGGGCGUGCGCAUACCUCUGCUGCCUUUAGAUGAGGGCAUCGUCGCAUUGCCGGUCCAUCCUACCGGCCAGGAGGUGUCCCCCGAGUUCACGUGGCUGCGCCGCUGCCACCCCCACGAACUGGAUGCUGCUAUUCGAUUCCAGCAAGACGGGCACAAGUACUACGUGCAUGAUGCAGAAAUGGACUGCUCUGUCACAUCGCUCAUUGCGAAGUUCUCUGAGGAGUUUGAUGCAGAUCGGAUCAUCCAGAAGAUGAUGGCCGGACAUCGCUGGCCUCGGGAAGGAUACAUGAAGAAUCUUCAGGAUGAGUCUCUCCAGAUAAGGAUCGCUGCGAUGCCAGGGCUGGAGGAAGUCGCACGCAUUCUACAAGCCCCUGCCACCACACAGCAGCAGGUUUCCGUCGUCCUCCGGAACACGCUCUACAAGUGCGACGAGACAGCUGCAUCUCUUCUCCAGCAGCUUGUCAUGACUCCUGAGGAGAUCAAGGUGCAUUGGAGAGAAAAUGGGGAAACCGCAGCUGCAGCCGGCACGUGGGUGCACUUGCUGUGCGAGUGCGUCCUCAACGGGGGCACAGUGACGGGUGUGUCAGAGGAGAUGCGAAGCUUCAAUGCCUUCCUGCGCAGCACGCAGCCUCUCAUUGCCUACCGCACGGAGUGGUGUAUCUGGGCUUCGGCUGAGAAGAUUGCAGGCUCCAUUGACUUCGUUGCACAGGAUGCGCAGGGCGACCUCGUUCUGUUUGACUGGAAGAGGACCAAGGGUCUGCCAGACAAGUUUGAGAAUCGUUUCGCCUGCAUGAAGCCUCCUCUGGGUCAUCUUCCUGAUGCUACUGGUGUGAAGUACCGGCUGCAGCUAAACAUCUACAAGCGCAUUCUGGAGGUCGGCAAGAUCUGGUACACCCGCGCCUUCGCAGAGCGCCUCUUCCAGGAGAUCUUGCUGCAGCACGCCAAGGCUGGACCGGAGUAG